GGCCAGUUCAUUCAAAAGUCUGACGAGUCAAAGUCAACACGUCAGUUUAUGGUAUAAAGGCUCAACGUUGUUUGUGGCGUCCAGGUUCGAAGAUCCCUGUUCAUGAGAGUUGUAUGUGUGUACAGCGGAGAUGUGAUUUGUUUCUGGUACAUCUGCUUUGUUUUUGUGCUUUAAAAAGGGAAACAGCACUUUAGAAAAUGAGCAAGAGGAGUAUUAUUUUUCUUUUAGCAUUGGUUUGUGCUAGCCAAGCUGUUUCAUUUCUCGAUUUAGUUAUUGAAGAAUGGAAUACAUUUAAGGUCAAAUAUAAAAAGAAGUAUGAUAGCAGUACGGAAGAAAAAUUCCGACUGAAAAUGUUCAUGGAAAAUCGUGAAAAGAUUGCAAAGCACAAUGCAAGAUUUGAGAAGGGGGAAGUUAGUUUCAAGUUGGGCUUAAAUGAAUAUGGAGACAUGCUUCAUUAUGAAUUUGCCGACAUGAUGAAUGGAUUCAAUCGAACAAAGAAUAAGAAGAAUUAUGAUCUCCACAAGACUCUUGGAGCAAAAUUUAUUAGCCCAGCAAAUGUUGAAUUGCCUGAUAAAGUUGAUUGGCGAGAUCUAGGGGCUGUGACUGAAGUGAAAAAUCAGGGCUAUUGUGCCUCGUGUUGGGCUUUUAGUGCUACUGGGUCUCUUGAAGGACAACACUACCGAAAAACAGGUGUUCUUACUUCCCUCAGUGAACAGAAUUUGAUUGAUUGCUCAGAAAGGUAUGGAAAUUAUGGUUGUCAUGGAGGAGCGAUAGACUUCGCUUUCCAGUAUAUUAGAGACAAUGGAGGAAUUGAUACUGAAGCAUCAUACCCAUAUGAAGGGGUGGCA